AUGGAGAGGAAUGUGGCAUUGGUAAACUUGAAGGUAUCUCAAACAUUUCCGUUUCACUCAAUAUUUUCUGUUUUCUUUUGUAGGAAUAUCAAACUAGCUAAAGAAUUUGAAAAAUUAGUUUUAGAAGAUAAAAGAUUCGAAAUCUCAUUUGAUGUUAUAAUGGCGCUAGUUUGUUUUAGGUUAAAGGGCACAAACGAAAUCAAUGAAAAACUAUUAAAAUUAAUCAGCGAGGAUGGAAGAAUCCAUAUUGUGCCAUCGAACUUCAAGGAAAAGUAUUACUUACGUUUUGCCGUUUGUGCUACGUCCACUACGUCAGAGCACGUUCAGUUUGCCUGGAAAGUGAUCACAGAAAUGACUGAUAAACUCAAAGUAUAA